CAUGCGUAGUUUUCACUGCAGCUGGUUUGUCAAGGCAGAGGUUUAUUACUUUAGCUAGCUAGCUGUACUUCUCAUUCGAACUCUCAGCCUCUCAGCCUCUCAGCUGUGCCCAAGACAAGCCUGGCAAGAAAUAUCAUGAUGCAAGACGAUCAAGUAGUGUGCAGUAACGAUUUGCAAGCGGACACCGACGAGGAUUCCUUCUUUCAAGAUAUAGAUGCUCUUCAAAAUCAUGGGAUUAAUGUUGCAGAUAUCAAGAAAUUGAAGUCAGCAGGGAUAUGUACCAUCAAGGGUAUUCAAAUGACUACUCGCAAGAAGCUCUGCAACAUUAAAGGCAUAUCAGAGGCCAAAGUUGACAAAAUUAAAGAAGCUACUGCCAAAUUAAUCGAUGGAGGUUUUCAAACAGCACUCGAAUACAGUGAUAAGAGGAAAAUGGUGUUUAAGGUGUCAACUGGCAGCGGUGAAUUGGACAAACUACUUGGAGGUGGUAUUGAAAGUAUGUCGAUCACCGAAGUGUUCGGAGAGUUCAGAACAGGGAAGACGCAGCUGUCUCAUACUCUAUGUGUUACUGCACAACUGCCUGGAAAGCACAACUACAGUGGUGGAAAGGUGGUGUUCAUAGACACUGAGAACACAUUUCGUCCUGGAAGACUUAAAGAAAUAGCAGAUCGCUUUAAUCUAGACCACAGUGCCAUGUUGGAUAACAUCCUGUAUGCAAGAGCAUAUACCAGUGAACACCAAAUGGAGCUUUUAGAUUGUGUUGCUGCCAAAUUUCAUGAAGAACCGGGAGUAUUCAAGUUGAUGAUUGUUGACUCAAUAAUGGCUUUGUUUCGCGUGGACUUUUCUGGGCGCGGGGAACUUGCUGAUCGUCAGCAGAAACUUGCUCAGAUGCUCUCAAGGCUACAAAAGAUAUCUGAAGAAUACAAUGUAGCGAUGUUUAUAACGAAUCAGAUGACGGCAGAUCCAGGAGCAACUAUGAGUUUUCAAGCUGACCCUAAGAAGCCAAUUGGAGGGAAUAUAUUGGCACAUGCUUCAACUACCAGAAUAAGCCUCCGCAAAGGAAGGGGAGAAGUCCGCAUUGCCAAAAUAUACGAUAGCCCCGACAUGCCAGAAAGUGAAGCAACUUUCGCAAUAACUGCCGGAGGCAUCAAUGAUGCUAAAGAUUAGCUCAAACUAACAAGUCCCUAUGUACAAAAUUAAUGUAUCACCAGUCAAUUCAAUAUGCACCAAGAUGUUUAAUCUCCUCAUGAUCAUGUUUCAAAAUUGUGUUCAAAUAAUUAUCUUCUAUGAUUGUGUACUGUACUGUCUCUAAUCUUA